AUGGAAAAACUUAAUUUAGAUUGUUUCGUAAUAAUUUUUAAUGAAUUACGAGAUAAAAAAUCCUUACAUUCAUGUUUAUUGGUUAAUAAAGAAUGGUGUCAUUUAAUAGUACCAAUUUUAUGGAAGAAUUUUUUUUAUUAUGAAGAAAUUGAAGAAGAUAAAACAAUUUUUUAUAAUACAAUACUUUCUUUAUUAUCAUCAUCAACAAAACAAAUUUUAAAUGAUAAUGAUAUAAAAUUACCUUUAACAAAAUUUUUAAAACCUCCAUUAUUUAAUUAUAUUAGUUUUUGUAAAUUUCCAAAAUAUGAUAUCGUAAAUGGUAUUAUAAGUAUGAUAUUAAAGAAUAAUAAUAAUCAUGAUAAAAGAUAUCUUUUAGAACAAGAAAUUUAUAAAUCAUUUAUUAUUCAAUGUAAAAAUAUUAAAGAAUUAUAUUGGAAAACUUCUCAACCUUUACCAUUAUUUCCUGGAGCUUCAACUUGUUUUUCUCAAUUACAUAAAUUAAAUAUUAAUCUUGAUUAUGUAAAUUCCAAUUCACUUCAAGAGAUGGCAAAAUAUUGUAAAAGUUUAAAUGAAUUAUCUGUUAGAAAUCCUAAAGAUUCCACAGGAUUAAUUUCUUUAAUUGAUGCACAAAAAAAUUUAAAAGAAAUAUUUCUUUAUUCUAUUAAAUUUAGGGAAAGAACUUAUGAAAAAUUAAGUAAUACAUUAUCGAGAAAAGUUAAUCUUCUUAAAUUAGAAUUAUCUAAUAUUAUUAUUAUACCACCUUCAUUCUUAAAAUCAUUAAUUAAUUUAACAACUAUUUAUAUAUUUUUUAAUGAAGUUGAUGAACAAGAUGAUGAUAUUAAAAAAAUUAAAGAAUUUCAAAGAUGUCUCGCAAUUUCAGAAUUUCCAAAUCUUCAAUUUCUUAGUAUUUAUUGGUUAUUAAGUUUUAAAGAAUUGGCGAAAUUAAUUGAAAAAACAAAUGAAAAUCUUUUACAUCUUGAUAUUUAUAAUACUCAUAGAAAUGUUAAAAAUACUGGAAUGUUAAUUAUAUCAAUUGCAAAUAAUUGUCCAAAGAUUAAAACUUUACGUACUUAUAUUGAACCUAAAGAUUUUAUUUAUGUAAAAUCAUUAUUAUUAAAUUGUAAAUAUUUAGAAGUAGUAAAAUUUGAUAGUUUAUACGCUUUUAUUAAUUUAAAUGAUAAUAUAUUAGGUGAUGAAUUAUUGAAUAUUUUGGCUGAAUUUUCUCCAAAAUUUUUAACUAAUAUAACAAUUAGUGCAAUUUGGAAAUAUUCUAUUGAUGGUUUUAUACGACUUUUUGAAAGUUAUAAAGAACGUAAUUUACGACAUUUUAAUUUAUGUAAAAAUUAUGAUUAUGAUAUAACUGAGGAUCAUAAAGUAAUUAUUAAAAAAUAUAUUGAUGAAGGUAUUAUAAGAAAUUCAACUUGUACUUUUUAUUAA